AUGUACUUUAGGGAAAGAAGAACCUAAUCUAAUUAAAAAUAAUAUCAAGGUUAUGAGGAAGCCAAAAAUUAAUUAGACCUCCUUGACAAAUUUAAAAAUCCUACCUAUGACAUCCCCAUGAGUCAUCAACCCAGUCAAAAGAGCGGAAUAAGAUAAUUAAAGCAAAUGGAUAAUUCUUUUUAAAUUCCAAAGGUAAUUGCAUUCUCUGAAGAAAAAUUAAAUGAAGAAGUGGCUCAAAUGUAAUAAGCCUUGGAUAAAUAGAGUCAAACUCUCAAACGACUUUUGAAAGAAUAAAAAGAAAUUGAUAGAACUCAAGUUUUAAAGCGAGAACUUGAUCAUCUCAAAACUCAAGUCCAUACUCUUCAUCUAAAAUUGCCAAAGCUUCCCCAAUAAGAGCAAUUAUACGAAAUAAAGCAUGAAAUCACCUCAUUAAGAUAUUCAUUCUUCCAACAAGCCCACUAGUCCCAACAACCCAUUAUAUAACCCCCAUAAAUCAUCUAUUAGCAAUUGCCUCAACCUAUUUCACAACAAUCCUUUUUAUAAGCCUACUCCCCUUAUAAUCAACAAUACCUGCACUCUGGAUCCCAACAAAAAUAUCAUCCAUACCAAUAUUUAAUGAAUCCCUAUAAGCAUCCCUAUAACCCUGAUUCUCAAAGAGACGGUUAAAACUCGGAAGAAAAACGAUCCUACUCAAACUCUAUAGGGAAAGCAAAAGUAAAAACUAAAAUCAAAACUUAAAAUUCAGCCUCUCAAGUUUCUAAUUCUAAGAGAAGUAGUCGGCAUUCAAUCCCAUUAGUUUCAAAAGGAUCGAAUCAAAAAACUAAAUAAAGCUUUUUCAUUGAAAAUAAUAUUGACUUUCAAUUAUUAAAAAAAGAAGAAAAGUCUAAAUUAAGAAAUGUUUUCAAUUUUGUGAGGUUGGCUAUGAGGUGGAAAAUCUACUGUUAACCCAAUAAAAUCUAUUGGAGAAAACUACAUAAACAUUAAGCAUAAUGUAAAGCCAUAAUCUAAAAAACAUCAUAUCCAGUAGCAUUAAAAAGAAUCAAGGAUUGGUGUAAAAUGGUCUUGGCUAAAGUCGAUAACUAUUUAAGCAAAAUUAAGGAAAUUGAUUUCAUUAAUCCAGAAAAACCAUUAACAGAAAAAGAAAUUGAUUAAUCAUAUAUGUAACUUACUAUUUCAACUAAAUAUUUAAUGUCAAGUCUACUAACCUAUUGCACAAGUGAUUUUAUGAUCCCGGAACUCAAAUUUCUAUCAUAUUUAUAGUUUUUCGAUUAAUCCAGUAUUGACAGAGGCUUAUUUAUGUCAAGGAGAGUAUUAUUUUGGAAGGAAAAUUAAUUAGAAAUGAAUAAAACUCAAUAAUAGAUGAUUGUAGGUGAUUUAGUUAUCCUCGUACAAAUUCUACCUGCUUUAAUGGAAAUUUCAGGCUCUUAUUUUCUUAUUAAGUGCAUGGUAUCACUAGUCUAAAUGCAUUUUAUGAAAUAUUUUGAUCUUAAAAUUGUAAACCAAAAUCCAAAUUAUAGAUUAAUCUAAUUAAAUGUAAUAGAAUAUGUGAAUGGAAAAUUAACAGUGAAAUUGCAAAAAGUUUCAAAUCUUGAAGAUGAGAGGUACAUAUUGGGAAUAUAUGACGAAUAUCAAUUCCAAGGGUUUUUUUAAAAAAGACCCCAUUUUCAAGAUGAUAUGUAAAAGACUCUUUCUGAAAUACAUACUAAUUUAUUAGAUGCAUUAAUUGCUAAAUGA